AUGCCAUUGGUACACUUUGACCGUGCCUCCAAUACAUUUGUUCCAUGCCGUCAGGAGAGAGAGUUCGAAAAAUGGAGUGCAGUCGUAAAAACAAGUGAGAGCGUUCUCACAUUACCAAGUGAAAUUGAUGAAAUUCAAGCAAUGGAAGUAAUGCGGACAAACGAAGAAUCUGGUGACAUAGAAAGUAUGAUAGUAAAUGCCAAUGGAUACGACGCUGUGAAAUUGAAUGAGAAGAAAAGUGUUAGCCUAAAGAUUCAUAUUGAAUAUCCAACGGAAAUACCAGUCUACACGGAAACAAUGCGAGAAACGUUAAAAAAAUUUUUGAAUAAGGUAUUCGUGACCGCUGAUCUCGAUAAACUAACAAAUGAUGUGGAAAAAUUACGAAAUCAAAUUGAUACGGCAAAAGCUGAAAUAACAAAUGCUAAGCGAAAUUUGCAGAAAGCCGAAGAUAAGGUGAAAGCAAAUGAAAAUGCAAUCAAAGACAAUAAAGGAAAGCAUACUCGAUUAAAUCUGAGAAUUGAAGAGUUCGAUCGAUAA